UAUUAUUAUAAAUAUUAUUAUUACUAUUAUUGUUGUUAUUAUAAUCCGUCGCGUAUUGUACACUUCUUGGGUUUUAUAGUUUGUAAGCAUCCACUUCCGGUGUGGUUGUAGGGAAACGCGACAGUUCAGGAGGAUCUUUUCAUAAUGAGAAUUCAUCUUUGGAUAACGGCACAAUGGACGCGUUUUUCACUCCUUACUACACAUUUAGUUUGUUUAAUGGAGAUGAGAAGCACCUGAACAUUGCAGAGCGGUGUUCGGCUGUGUUUUAAUCUUCCUGGUUUUUCUCUACAAUCUUUGUGGCACAACAAUAAUGGAAGGAGUUUUGUACAAGUGGACAAAUUACAUGACAGGAUGGCAGCCACGCUGGUUUGUGUUGAACAACGGAAUAAUUUCUUAUUACGACUCCCAAGAUAAUGUGUGCAAAGGCAGCAAGGGCAGCAUCAAGAUGUCAGUGUGUGAAAUUAAAGUUCACCCUACUGAUAAUACCAGACUGGAGCUGAUCAUACCAGGAGAGCAGCAUUUCUAUGUGAAGGCUGUAAACGCUGCUGAGAGGCAGAAAUGGCUGGUGGCUCUUGGCAGCUCAAAGGCUGGGCUUGCUGACACAAGAACCAAAAAAGAGAGAGAAUUACUAGAGACCACAGAGUCUCUGAAAACCAAGAUGUCAGAACUCCGUCUGUACUGUGACUUGCUCAUGCAACAGGUUCACACCAUUCAUGAGUCGGUGGAGCAGGAGGGAGAUGGUGCCGAGACGAGGAAUGAGGCAUCGUCGUUGUUGAGCGCCACGUGUAAUACCUUCAUUCAGACAUUGGAGGAAUGUAUGAAAAUUGCUAAUCUGAAGUUCCAGACAGACAUGCUGCAGUCGAGUCCUUCCGACCCGCUCAUGUCACCCGUCUCCCCGUCUCCCGUCCAAAUGGCCAGAAUGAAACGUUCCAUCAGCCAUCCAGGCACGUAUAGCUACGACAGGUCCAGCACAGCGAUAGAGCACAGGACAUCACAGAGACGCACAAGGACAUGCUCAGACACAGAGGCUGUCAGCGAUGGAGGUGCAGAGGAGAUAGAGCGUCCUGUGUUGUUGCCCAAAGCCAGCGUAAAUGGCGAUGCCGCCCUGGUAAUUCCCGAAGAGAUCGGCAUGGGUGCGUGUUUAAUAAUGGAAACGGACACUCCAGAGUCAGACUUGUCGCUCUGAGCAGAGAUUAUUUUUUUCUGAAGUUACCCUAGCAGGAGGAAACAUGCCGAUGUGCAGCUACUGUUCGUAGCUCCGCAUUACUGAUGUUUUUGGAAGUAUUAUUUCUCUCAGUGAAGAAUUCCGUUGCACUUUAACAUUUAAAAAAAUGGCAGAACACAAAUUUUGAAUGUUUUUGUUUUUUUUCCCCGAGGUUGUUAAAUUUGCUUUGUUUUCCAGAUAAAUGUUGUUUGGUUAGCAAUACACAAGCCGUCGAAGAAGAGUACAGAAAUCCACUUUGGAUUUGACAAGUGACGUGUAGCAUUUUCUUUUCUUUUCUUUUUUUUUUUACUUUUUGAAGAGAACCUUGAUUAGUAAGGUUUUAGUUACAGUGCCAAGUUACUGGCAAUACUGUGACUGCAUUAAAUGUUAAUUCUAAUACUUUUUUCCAUUCAAGGUUUCUGUAUAAUGUGCUGAGUGCAAAGUCAACACUGAUGCACUGAAAAUUAAUGUUACAUGUAUUUUGCCUUAAAGGCUGUUUUACAGUAAAUCUUCAGAUUUCCAGUGCCAAACCAUGCCAGGCUUUUGUGUUAGUUAUGUAGCAGAUAACUUGGUUUAAUUACAUGCUGCAGACAGCAUGAAUCCAAAUAACAAAAAUACUUUAGAUGUGCCAUAAUAAAGCUGCAAGUUCGUCCCUCUAACUGAGCAAAAGCUGAGCAAAUUAUGCUGACGUUUUGAAAAAUCAGUGGAAUUUCCCAUUACGUUGACGCUUUGCUUUUUUCUUUGUUGUGCACUUGGCAUGCUCCGGUGUUUACCAGCAAAUGCACCUUUUUUUUUUUAUUUAUUAAGUUACCAAAUUUUACCAGUCUUUUCCCCCUAUUUACAUCAUUUUGCCUUAAAAUUCAUUGCAUGGAGGAACUUGGUGUGUUGAUAUAUUUAAUGUCUGAAAAAAUGCAUUUAAAGUAUAUUGUGUGAUUUAAAAAAAAAAAAUCUUUUAUCUAAGAUGUACAUGUAUUUGACAUUACUGUUGAACAUUCUGCCUGAGAAAGAAGCUGAGAGUGAACCAGACGCCGCUUUAACCCGUAACUCCAUUACCCUGCUUUAUAUUCUCUGCUGCCACAUUUAUUUAUUGGAUUAUCAUUUCCAAAAUAAAAGUGCUGGGGAAAAACUACAAUUAAAAUGAUUAUAUGAUAGUAAUUAAGUUUUUUUUUUUUUUUAUUAGUGCAAGAAUUUCAGAAUAAAUCUACUUUCAAAGCCAAUCGUCCACUUUAUGUAAUGCUCAGCUAAAGCAGAACAGAAACUGAAAGAUGCUACCAGAUGCGCUUUUCCUUUCUUGAACAUGUCUUUUCUUUUAUGAUUUUGUAACAUUUAGUAAGGCAUUCUUACCACUGCUUCAAGAGAAUAAAGUGGAUUUGGAGCACAA